AUGGAACCAUUUGGGCGUCAAGCAUGGCGGCAAGUCUCGGCGGCUCUUGCUGGAACAGGUGACACUGCUGUGGGGCUCGUAUUCCAACGACUCAAGGAGGAGAUAGACCUGCCGAAAGGAGGACUAGCCGAUGAGCCUUGGGUCGAACCUCUUAGGGUUUUAGACGGCUCUAGUGGCAUUGCCGCGCAGGUCCGUGAACAGCUGAAUGAGCUCGAGUUGCAGCUCACGACGACCAAAGGCCGGUUCGGCGAGGCCAUGUCGACUCUGCGAUGGCCCUUCCAAGAAAAGGAAGCCAUGCGUAUAGUUUCCCGGCUGGAGGAGCUGAAGCAGACCACGAUGCUGGUGAUACAACAAUCUAGCCACCGGAUGAACCGUGAGAUAAAAGAGGGCCUAUGCCACUUCAGGGCGGCCGUCGACGAUAACUUUUACGAAAAGCUUUUGGCCUGGCUGACGCCUUUAAACUUUGUUCGAAAGCAACGAGAUGUCCUCGGCAACGCGGAUCCAUAUAACUGCUGUCUUUUGGCAUCAGACAGCUUUAGGUCAUGGCACGACGAUGAUCUAAGGUCCCUGUGGUAUUUUGGCGCCCCAGGGGCCGGCAAGUCUGUCGUUGCUGCUUCUAUCUGCGCCGACGUCAUCAAGCAGCACAGAGAAGAUAAUGUCGCUGUAAUGAUCGCUUUCUGCAGUUUCGACGACGAAGAGUCCCAGUCACCCCGAAACCUGGUCGCCAGCUUAUUGAAGCAGGUCUUACAAAAUCGAGGCAGCAGUAAGGUUCCUUCCAAGCUGAAGGAGUGCUAUUCAAAGGCAACAACCAGCAAAGACGGCCAGCCGCUCGGUGUAGAAUCUCUGACAGAAUGCCUGAGAGAGGAGCUCAAAACGUACGAUUCUGCCUAUGUCAUACUUGACGGCCUUGACGAGGUGAGCAACAUUGAGGAGAGAGCCGCCGUGGUAAAGGCAGUUCAUGGUAUCGGGGUCGGGGCCAAGGUCAUCAUCACGUCUCGCCACUCUGAAGACAUCAUCGAGGCCCUCCAGGGAACACAGGUCUGCAAGGAGUGUCAAACGAAGGACGCGCAGGUCUACUGGCGGUGCAGAAACUGUGCAUCCUAUGUUAUGUGCGAGAAUUGCCACUCUGCUACGCCGAGAGAAAGCGACAUCAGUGACUACGUGACGACAAGACUAGACUCGGAUCGAGAGCUGCGGAAGCUAUUGGGUCCAGACUCGGGCCAGGAGAUCCUACGAAGAUUUACAAUUAGCACUGUCACAGAAAAGUCGGAAAAAAUCUUCCUCCUAGCCCGCCUCUACGUCGACUCCUUGGCCGACUGCCUAACGGUAGCAGCGUUGAAACGCGCGCUAAAAGGCCUUAGCGGCGAUUUGGACCAGAUGUACUUCAAGAGUCUGGCGCGCAUGGAGCGAGCUCUACGCCCAAAGCAUCUUGAUAUACUCAAGAAGCUUCUGCUUUGGAUCGCAUGGGGGCAAAGGCCGUUAAGCAUUGCUGAGCUGGGCCACGCCCUUGCUGUCCAUCCGGGCGUUGAGGACAUCGACGAGGAUGACAUCCUCCCCAUUCGAGAGAUUACCACAUGGAGCGCUGGGCUUCUUUUCAUAGACAGCAGCGACUUUGUGAAAGUCAUCCAUCCGACGACAAGCCGGUUCCUCGUGGAGCAUAGAGACAAGCUAUAUCCUAAAGGCGAUAGCGCUAUCGCCCAUGACUGCCUUCAUUAUCUCAACAUAGAGGUCCUCAGAGAACCCCUAUCAGGUCCAGACCAGAGGUCUCUAUUUAUGCUUCGACGUAAGACGUAUCCCCUGCUCGAAUACGCAGUGCUACAUUCAUUUAAGCACGUCGUCAGAAGUUAUGAGAAGGAUGACGACAAUCGUGCCGCGGGGUUUCUGCUGUCAGAUGCCCGUAGGUCCUUUGUCCAGGCGAUGUACUAUCUGGACCCGGAUUGGAGCAUCGAGGCGGACGCUUCGGCUCUACAUAUUGCCGUCUACCUAGGGUUGACCGAUGUCGUUUCUACUCUCAUCGAUGAAGGGGAGGAUGUUGACGCUCAGGAUUUCAUUGGCGCCACGCCACUGAUGUACGCUGCCGAUCGAGGUAAUGAGGGGCUACCAGAGUUGAAGAGCCUCCUCGUUGCCGGAGCGGAUGCUUCGAUCACCUGCAAUGCUGGAUCGACGGCUCUGGUCCGUGCAGUGGGCGCGGACGCCGAGUCCCUCGUAACCCGGCUGCUGCGAGUAAGCGACGUUAACAUCAACGCAAUCCCGUCCGACGGUUCCACCUCUUCAGCGCUCAUAACCUCCAUCAAGUCGGCCAGUCAUUCCAUCGUUAAGAAGCUCGUUGCGCGGAAAGAUGUGGAUGUCAACCUCCGGGAUGAUGCCAAGGUAGGAGAUCUCACGCCACUACAUAUUGCCGUCAUUUGGCGGAAUAUUCCGGCGAUCAAGAGCCUGCUCGCACACAAGGAUAUAGUGGUUGAUAGCACGGAGCCAGGGCAAGGCUGGACUCCUCUCUAUUACGGUGCGCAAUACGGAUAUGCGGAUUGCAUGGAGCUGCUUCUCGAUCACGGCGCCGACCUCAAUCAUCAAGACUCGUACCAAGGUACUGCUCUCAUGCGUGCCGUGGAUGAGGAUGCGCAAGGGGCCGUCGAGUUGCUGGUCAAGCGUGGCAUGGACGUCAAGCGUCGAGAUUUCCUUUGCCGGACCGUUCUCCACUCGGCUGCAGUGAACCGCUCAUGGGACACAAUGAAAUACUUCCUCAAGGAUGUACCCGAUAUUGAGGUCAACGCGCAAGGGGAUUCGGGCGAGACCCCUCUCCACGACAGUUGCAAAAUACUCGAUCCCCACGGGGUCAGAUUACUCGUUGAUGCUGGUGCACGGUGUGACAUCAAGGACAACGAAGGCCGAACUCCCGUGGACAUUGCCACAAUAAAGAAGCGACCAGACAUUGUGGAGAUGCUCAAAAAGGCCGAGGGGUACAGCAACACCGUCGGGGCUCACAUCAAAAAGACGCUCAGGGAGGCUGUCGUCGCCGACCCGCCCGAGGUUCUGCAGGUCAGAAUCGCAAACGCAAGCUUGGAAGAGAUCAACACGUCUUCUGCGUUUACCGGUACACCGCUCCACGAGGCGUGUAGAUGCGGUCGUGCGGACGUGGUCGAGAUGCUUCUCGAUGCGGGCGCCGACAUUGCGUUAACCAACUCUUUCGGCCGCACACCCAUCUGCAUUACCGCCGAAUUCGGUCAUCUUGACUGUCUAAGGGUCUUGUUAGAUCACGGCGUGAACGUGCAAAAGUCGCCCUUUAAGGACGUUACGCUGUGGGAGUAUGCGUGGGGUUCUGGCCAUCGAGACAUAGCCCUCGCGCUCAUCGAGCAUGGUGCACAGUUAGAUAAGUCUUCGGGAUACUUACAAAAUGCAUUGCACCAGGCGGCAUACGAUGAUAAUGUUGCUGUCGUGAGAAGGGCUGUAGAGGCGGGUGCGUCAAUACAUCAGAAAAUGAGUGGCUACACAGCGAUAGAUUGGGCAGAGAGUCAGGAGGCAACGUCUGUGCUAGAGUAUUUUGCUACGUUGGACGGAGAAGAGGCGUAA